AUGUUGGGUAAGGGAUCGAGCAAUAAGAUAAAACCUCUGAGCAAUAAUACUGUUUCCAAGCUUAUUGAUGAGAUGGCCGCAGACGUUGAAUCAAAACUCAUCAAAUAUAUGAGAGAAGGUAAAUUUGCGUGGCAGAUUGAUGACUCAACUGUGACAGAUAACAAAGCUAUUGUAUUAGCUUACAUUUUUAAAUUGGUCAAAGACUAUUUUGAGGAAAAAGAAAUCCCCCUUACAAAUGUAAGUGCUUGUGCAACAUAUGGUGCUCCUGCCAUGUCUGGUCGUCAUACUGGGCUUCUAGAGCACCUUAAAAAAGAAGUACCGGAGGUCAUCACCAUUGAUUGUGUCAUUCAUCGUCAACAUUUGGCUGCAAAAAGUUGA